AGAAUAUUUAUCUGAAGGCAUGCUAGUUCCCACACAAGGAAGUCGAGACAUUGAUCAGAGGACUACUGAAGGCCAAAGCUAAGAGAAAGAGGCAAGAUGAGCACUGCAGGAAAAGUAAUCAAAUGCAAAGCUGCUGUAUUAUGGGGCGUGAAACAACCUUUUUCUAUUGAGGAAGUGGAAGUUGCCCCACCGAAAGCUGGUGAAGUUCGAAUUAAGAUCCUGGCCACAGGGAUCUGCCGUACAGAUGACCAUGUAAUCAGUGGAGCAAUGACCACUAAGUUUCCCGUAAUUGUGGGACAUGAAGCAGCUGGGAUUGUAGAGAGUAUUGGGGAAGGUGUCACUACAGUGAAACCAGGAGAUAAAGUCAUCCCACUCUUUCUACCACAGUGUGGAAAAUGUUCCUCCUGCAUAAAUCCUAAUGGCAAUUUGUGUGUGAAGGCUGAUGUUACAGGAAAGGGUGUUUUGUCAGAUGGUACAACCAGAUUUACCUGCAGAGGGAAACCCGUCUAUCACUUCAUGAACACUAGUACCUUCUCUGAAUACACAGUGGUGGAGGAAAGUUCAGUGGCUAAAAUUGAUGCUGCUGCUCCUCCUGAGAAGGUGUGUUUGAUUGGCUGUGGAUUUUCCACUGGUUACGGGGCUGCAGUGAAAACUGCCCAGGUCACUCCUGGAUCUACCUGUGCUGUCUUUGGGCUGGGAGGAGUUGGUCUCUCAGUUAUUAUGGGCUGUAAAGCAGCUGGUGCUUCCAGGAUCAUUGGAAUUGACCUUAACAAAGACAAAUUUGAUAAAGCCAAGUCUGUAGGAGCCACUGAGUGCAUCAACCCUAAGGACUACACAAAGCCCAUCAAUGAAGUACUGAGUGAAAUGACUAACAACUCUGUCGGGUAUACCUUUGAAGUUGUUGGGCGCCUUGAAACCAUGAUUGAUGCCCUGGCUUCCUGCCAUAUGAGCUAUGGGACUAGUGUGGUGGUAGGAGCUCCUCCAUCAUCUAAAAUGCUCACCUACGAUCCCAUGCUGCUAUUCACUGGCCGCACCUGGAAAGGAUGUGUUUUUGGAGGAUGGAAAAGCAAAGAUGACAUCCCAAAACUAGUGUCUGACUUCAUGUCAAAGAAAUUUGACUUGGACCAGCUAAUAACCCAUGUUUUACCUUUUAAUAAAGUCAAGGAAGGAUUUGAGCUACUCUACAAAGGAGAAAGCAUUCGAUCAGUCCUUCUGAUGUGAGCUCCUAAGAGGCAGAAAGUAUAUGUGGAUCUAUCAGCACAUGGCUUUUUCUCUGAUAUUUCGCUUUCACAUAACUAUGAUGGAAAACAUUUGUUAUCUCAUAUGAGUUGAACGCAAAACAGAAAUUAAGUACCUUGGAAUAAAUAAACUUUUUUUUCAAAAUAAGUAAUUAAACAUUGUCAUUGAUAUCAUUCAGUUUAUCUGAGAUAGUAGCAGGGUAUUCAUGUUGUUAUUUUUUAAUUUGUAGAAAGUAGGUCAUCCUAGAUUAACAUCAGUAAAACAUCAGUAAAAGGUAUAAGUUCACACUUCUGACUGAAAUAGGAAUUUUAAGUGGAAUCCCAGGAUUUUUGAGUAAAAAAGCAAUAAGAACUUAAAAGAUUACUCCUUCAAGAAUUUCCAACAUUCGUUCCAAGCAAGUCAUUGGAUGGAGUUGGACGAUGCUAAAUGAAGCUCUGGAAGAUUUUUCGAGUCAUAUUUACUCCAUAAAAAUCCUAGACUUGAUUUCUCCUUUCUUUUUUUCCUUUAUUUAUUAAAGUAGGUGGAUAUUUUUUUAGAUAUGUUUUUUAAAAUAAAUUUAAUCUGUUAAGCAA